AUAUAGCCAGUUUCGCUCUGUCUCAAUUCCGAAUUGGGAGUGGUCCUCGCCAACGCGACCUUCCAUGGCGAGGCAGCAAGCAAGCGUCCGCGAGGGCGUUCCCCUCUCCAGGUUUGGAAUCCUCGUCGCUCAGCUAGAGUCCAUCGUUGCCUCCGCGCAUCAGCAGGCCCCUGACCCCCUCCUCUGCUUCGAUUUACUCUCCGAUCUCGUCUCUGCUAUCGAUGAAGAGCCCAAGGAAUCCAUUAUCCUAUGGCAGAGAAAGUGCGAGGAUGCUCUUCAUUCGUUGCUCAAACUGGGAGCUCGUCGUCCUGUGUGGCGACUUGCUUCCCUUGCCAUGGUGAAAGUGAUAUCAAAGGGAGAAGGCAUUUCUGUAUACUCGAGAGCAAGUAGCCUGCAAGGGCGGCUUUCUGAUGGGAGAAGAGCCGAUGUGAUUUCCUAUGCUGGUGCUGCACAUUGCCUGGGGGAGUUGUACAACUCAUUUGGGCGGAGGAUUGCUUCAGGCUUAAUUGAAACAACUAACAUUACUGCAAAGCUAAUGAAGUUUCAUGAGGAAUUUGUUCGGCAAGAAGCCUUACAAAUGCUUCAGAAUGCCUUGGAAGGUUCUGGGGGAGGAGGCUCUUCAACUGCAUAUUCUGAAGCUUACCGCACCAUCAUGCGUUUAGGCAUGACGGACAAGUCACCUACUGUAAGGAUAGUUGCAGCAAGGUGUCUUACUGCAUUUGCCAGCAUUGGUGGCCCAGGACUUGGACCAACAGAAUUUGAGCACUGUGCAACAUGUUGUGUCAAGUCUCUUGAGGAUCCUGCCUCCUCUGUUAGAGAUGCCUUUUCUAAAGCCUUAGGGGCAUUGCUUGCUCUUGGGAUGCACUCAGAAACACAGGUGCAAACAAAGACCAAAUUGCAAUCUGCUGCAGCAAGAAAGGUAGAAGGUGGUAUACAGAAACAUUUAAUAUGGCCUUUUGUCAAGGCUAGCGGUCAUCACUCGAAGGAACUUCGUGUUGGAAUCACUUUGUCAUGGGUAUAUUUUCUACAGACAAUGUGUCUGAAGUAUCUUCUGGUGGAUGUGGAGCUUCAACAAUUUGCUUUACAGGCAAUGUAUAUGCUCAAUGGGAAUUCCGUAGUGGAUGCCCAUCCAUUGGCAUGUGUUCUGUAUAUCCUUCGGGUUGGUAUUACUGAGCAGAUGACUGAGCCAACACAAAGAAAGUUUCUCUUCUUCCUCGGCACACAGUUGGAAUUGCCUGGAACCAGCCCUGCCAUAAAGGUGGCUACACUAAGGACUUUGUCCUUCCUUUUGACAACUUUGGGAGAAGUUCCAAUGGAAUCGAAGGACAUUUUUGAUAGAACAGUUGUUGCAGCCUUAUCUCAUCCAUCUUUUCUGGUGCGUGUGGAAGCUGCUUUAGCAUUACGUGCCAUAGCAGAAAUCGAUUCUACUUGUGCAGGGAACUUAAUUUCUUGUGGUGUGACAACAUUACAUGCUUUAAGGGAGAGUGCUUCCUUUGAAAAGGGGGAUCGACUGAAAGUUGAACUGGACUCUUUGCAUGGACAAGCAGCAGUUCUAGCUGCUCUUCUAUCCAUCUCCCCUGUGUUGCUUCUUGGUUGUCCUGCAAGAUUGCAAAAAGCAGCAUUCGAAGUUGCUAAAGACAUGAUAACUGAAUGUAGUAGCAACCCUAUUGCUGCAGCUGUAGAAAAGGAAGCUGGGUGGUUACUUCUUGCCUCAUCUAUAGCCUCUAUGCCGAAGGAGGUACUUAAUGCCCAGGUGUUCGAUAUACUUGCUUUGUGGGCGAUGGCAUUUCAAGGAAAUACUGAUCUUCAAAUCAAGCCACUGGAUGACUUAAAAUCUGAAGUUUGUGUUUGGACCGCUGCAGUUGAGGCACUAACUGCAUUUACCAAGAAAUUUAUUUCUUCGAAUAUGACAGCAGUCAAUAAAGGAAUAUUGCUUCAGCCUGUUUUGGUAUACCUUAGUGCGGCCUUAUCCUGUAUAUCAUGCAUACCUGCUAGGCAGUCUCAGAAUAUAAAGCCUGUUGUUGAUCUUUUUGUUAUUAGAACGUUGAUUGCUUAUCAGUCCCUGCCUGAUCCAAUGCUGUACAAAAAUGAUCAUAUGCGGAUGAUUGAGAUCUGUACCACACCAUUCAGGGAACCUUCAGGAUGUGAAGAAAGCUCGAGUUUACGGCUAUUGCUAGACAAAAGAGAUUCAUGCUUAGGUCCAUGGGUUCUUGGCAGAGAUUGGUUUGAGGAUGAGCUUCGUGCCUUUGAAGGUGGAACUGAUGGUGCAAAUCCUUACUUAUGGGAUAAUGAACUCCCUAGCUUUCCGCAGCCGGAAACAUUAAGCAAGAUGUUAGUCAACCAGAUGCUUUCAUGCUUGGGAAUCAUGUUUGCAACACAGGGAACGAAGGGAAAGCUCAUGCUUCUUAGCUUGAUUCAGCAGUCCUUGAAAUCUGGAAAGAAGCAGUCAUGGCACACCUAUAGUACAACAAAUGCUUGUGUGGCUCUUCUUACUAGUUUGAAGUCAUCACUUGCAUUGCGUCCUCAACCACUGGAACCAGAGAUACUAAGUUUGGCACAAUCUAUAUUUCAGGGCAUCCUUAGUGAUGGAGAUGUUGGUGCUGCACAGCGACGAGCUGCGUGUGAGGGUCUUGGGCUGCUAUCUCGCCUAGGGAAUGAUUCUUUUACUGCGAGAAUGACGCGUUCGCUUCUAAAUGACCUUUCUGGGGCAUCAGAUUUGAGCUAUGCCUAUGCCGGUUCUCUUGCUCUAGCACUAGGUUGUAUUCAUCGCAGCGCUGGAGGAAUGGCCUUGUCUACGUUGGUGCCUGCAACAGUUAAUUCAGUCAGUUCACUUGCUAAGAGUUCAAAUGCUUUCCUCCAGGCGUGGUCUCUGCAUGGCCUCCUCCUUACCGUUGAAGCUGCUGGUUUAUCUUUUAUUUCCCAUGUGCAGGAAACACUUAUGUUGGCUAUGGAGAUUUUGUUAUCUGAUGAGAAUGGUCAUAUAGAUCUUCGGCAAGGAAUAGGUCGUUUAAUAAAUGCUAUUGUGGCAGUGUUGGGGCCUGAAUUGUCUCCUGGGAGCACUUUUUUUUCUCGCUGCAAGUCUGUUAUUUUGGAGACAAGCGCUGGAGAAGAGACAUCUACACUUCUUGAAUCUGUUAGGUUCACACAACAGCUAGUUCUUUUUGCACCACAAGCCAUGUCAGUCCAUUCUCAUAUUCAGUCACUUCUUCCUACUCUUUCUUCAAGACAGCCUGCCCUUCGUCAUCUUGCAGUGUCCACUCUGCGGCAUCUAAUAGAAAAAGAACCCGUUGCAGUCAUCAAUGAGCAUAUUGAGGGGAACUUGUUUUGUAUGCUCAAUGAAGAAACAGAUUCUGAGAUUGGGACAUUGGUUCGUGCCACCAUUAUGCGCUUGCUACAUGCAUCUUGUCCUUCUUAUCCACAAUUGUGGAUUCAACUUUGUCGAAGUGUGGUUCUUGCUACUUCAGGAAAAUGGGUGAAUGCACAUAGUUCAUUGGAGCAUGAUAUUUCAGCUGGAAAUUCUGAUGGUGAUAUGGCGAUUAAUUAUGGAGAUGAUCGUGAAGACAUGAUAGCAACCACUUAUAAUGCACAGGGAAGGGGAUCUUUCUUUGAUAUUCAACGCAUUCAGGUCAAGAAUGAUAAACAUCUACGUUAUAGAACUCGUGUUUUUGCAGCAGAAUGUCUGAGCCACAUACCUGCUGCUGUUGGAUUUGAUGCUGCGCAUUUUGACCUGACUUUGGCUAGAGAAAGGCAUUUCAAUGAUUCCAGUGAUUGGUUGGUCUUGCAUAUCCAGGAGCUUGUGGCACUUGCUUUCCAGGUAAGCACCUCCCAAUUUGAGAAUAUGCAACCCAUGGGAGUAUCGAUUUUGUGCACGGUUCUGGACAAGUUCGAGAAGACUCUUGAUCCUGAAGUCCAAGGUCAUCUUCUAAUGGAGCAAUAUCAGGCCCAGCUUGUUUCUGCUGUUCGAACUGCUUUGGAUAUUAAUUCCAGUCCUCUGCUUUUGGAAGCUGGUCUGCAGUUGGCAGCAAAAAUUCUCACUAGUGGCAUUCUUAGAGGGGAUCAUGUUGCGCUUCAGCGGAUAUUUCAUUUAAUUUCAAGACCAUUGGAUGAUUUUGAGGACAUCUACUAUCCAUCUUUUGCAGAAUGGGUGGCAUGCAAGAUCAAAGUACGACUCCUAGCAGCACAUGCUUCCGUCAAAUCAUAUACCUUUAGGUACUUGAGAAGAGACCCAGAAUGCUUGCCUUCUGAAUAUGCAGCACUAAUUCCUGCAUUCUCAAAGAGUUCAACCGUCUUAGGAAGAUACUGGAUUUCAGUGCUUAAUGACUACAUCCAUAUAUGUUUUGGACUACAGUCCAUGACCAGUUUCAAGCCGUUCCUUGUUGGUGUCCAAUCUUCACUUGUUUCAUCAGUGGUGAAACCCUGUCUAGAUGAAGCCUGGCCAGCAGUUCUGCAAGCUGUCACAUUAGAUUCUGUCCCUCUCCAUACUGAAGUAGAUGGCUCAGAAGCUGGAGAAGUGUCUACUUUAGAAAAUUACUUGUCUGGGUAUAGCAUGGUCAAAUUGACAUCAGAUCAGUUCAAUUUGAUUUGGGGAUUUGCGUUAUUUGUUCUCUUCUUUCAUGGACAGUCAAAUGAUCCCAAACAUAACCCAAAGAUUUUUAGUCCUUUCAAGAAUUGUGAUAAUGGAAAUAAAGGAGACACAAAGACAGGAGUUCAGGAUCUGAAACCCUACGAGGUUGCACUAAUUGCUAUUCUUUCUCUCUCGAGUAAGGAGUUCUAUUAUUCUGGAAUGGUGUCCUUGGAUCUUUCCAAAGAACUUGGGCAGACUUUGUUAUAUCUUGUUCAUAUGGAUGCUUCGUGGAAUGAUCUUUCAAUAAAUUUAUUAGCGCAGAUUGUGCAGAAUUGUCCUAUUGAUUAUCUUGAGAAUGAAGAAUUUGCAGCCUUCACAACGGAGCUUUGCAUCAAGCAACUUCAUAUGGCUUUUGAAAGAGUUCUGAAACGUUCACAUGUUGAUCCUGUGUGCAUCAAAACAUUUUGUACUUCACUGAAUGUAGCUGAAACUCUUGCCAUCCGCAUGUCUGCUGAGAAACAAUUGAGUUUGUUGCUGGCUUUGCUGUGUGCAAGCUAUACUUGUCUCCGAGGUGCUACGAGUUACAUAGUGUUGUCACCAUUGAUUGCAUUUCUCCACAAAGUUCUGCCUUUGCUGAAGCAACAACUUAAAGCUGUUUCAAUUUUUGUUUCAGGCAAAGCUGAUGAUGAUACUGAUAGAGCUGAAAAUAUGAAAACAGUCAUUGGUGCUUGGGCAAGUUCCACUACUCAGCUUUGUGUGCACUACACUAAAAGUAUCCACACAGCGACCAACAGGGGGGACUUGCUGAAGCUAUAUCUGCGGGCACUUUCUUUUUGCUUGGAGGAAUAUGUGUUGCUUGCAAAAAUGGUUUAUGAAAUUCAGUGUUCUGAUUCAAAUGGCGAUGACAUAUUCUAUUUUUCCAUUUAUUGGCAUUGCAUCAACUGCGUAAUGAGUUGUCUUUCUGACUUCCAUAUGGAGGUUCAAGCCAUUGGAUUGCAUAUAUUAAAAACCAUCAUGGAAAAAGAGCUUGGCGAAUGCUCAAAGGUGGACAAAUGCUCAUUUGCUCUUUUUUUUGUGGGGGAGUUCCUUGAAGCGGUUUUGCUUCUAACUCAAAAACUCUUGAAGAAUCCAAUGACUCGCAAAUCAAUGGUAAUAGUAUGUGAUUGCCUGAAGUUACUUCUUUUCCUACACAAUCUACCACAAGCAAGUGAAUCUAAAAAAGAUAUUGUGAACUUGAUAUUAGAAGCCACAAUCAUGGUUUCAUCCAACCCCACUAAUGAUCAUGCUUUGGAAUUUCAAGAGGUUAAGAAUCUUGCGCUAAAAUUGGUAUCUAGUCUUGCUCAUAGUCAUGCAUCCAUUGUGCAUUUUAAAGAGGUUGUAAUGGCACUUCCAGCAACUCAGAGACAGAUGCUGCAGGACAUAGUCAGAGCAUCAGUCCAUGCAUUACCAGUUGCUCCACUUUCAGCAGUCAAGUUACCUGUUCAAUCCAAAACCAUUCUCGAUCCACAAGCAUCUUCUACCACCUCAGCUGUCGUACCUGAGAUUGUGGACAAUUACAUGGAGGAAGAAGAUGACUGGAACACUUUCCAGUCAUUUCCUACUUCUGCAUCACACAGUGAAAGUGAAAUCCAUAUUCAGCCCAGACCAAUUGGUGACUCUUCUGUCUCAUACGACAAUAAUGAUGCAGAGACCAUCUCUCACAAGAUCACAGAUAAUCAACCAGCUGUUGCGCCAACAACAAUGAAUAAUGCAUAUGAAGAUAGUGAAGGACUUGCUGAUGGCAAAAGCAUUGUCAACAAACAAGGAACGGAUGAGCAGUUGACUUUGUUUGGACAUGAUGAUUUUCAUGAAGUUUCUGAUCGGCAAUCUUUUGGUGUUGCAAAUGUCUCUGAAUCUGGGUUGUUGAGCUGCAGAGAAUAUGGUGAAGGUUCUGAUGGAGAACGGGUGGAUAAUGAUGGCAGGAAUAUUGCCGUGUUAAUAAAAGACUGAAAGAGAAUCUAAUAAUUGAAUUGUAAUAAGAGAAAAUUAUAUUAAUCCCUAUGUAGUUGGAUUGAAGAUCCUUAGCGUUCUGAAGUUGGACAGGUAGAUUUUUGAUUAGUUGAUAACAGAUUAUGUGGAUGGAGGCUGAUUGAUAGGUAGUGGUCGAGAGGAAAAACACUAGUCAGGAGCAUUUUUACAUUCAGGCAAAUGAAGGAAUGCUUGUCAUGGUGAUAAAUUGAUAUACUGUGAAUCUUCUACACAGGAUUAGAAUGGUAGGAUGCAGGGCAAGGGCGACAAUGUUAUAGAGCAGCUACAGGAUUAAAAGUUUGUGAUUUACUCGUGAGACAUGUAUGUCUUCCCAUUGUACAUGGCAAUGUCUGGAGCUAUGUUGUAAGCUAACAUACAAUUCAUAUUGAGCUAAUUUCUCGAACUAACUUCUUCCACUGAUUCAUUUUAUUGUUCAUGGUUGCUCGUUGCCUCUAAUCAGUUGGCUGCUGGUUUUUCUUU